AUGGGAAAAUGUGAAGAACCUGUUCAUUUUGUAAGACUUCAACAAUUCAACCUUGAAGUUUAUAUACUCAAACACUAUAUUAGCGGAGACUCGUACACGCAAACUGGGUUCGAUGUUAAAGGCACCCAACCAAAUGCCCAAAAUCCUCUGGGGAACCCAAGCUACCCAGGGUGGACCUCAUCCAACGGACCCAACUGGGUAGGAUUCUUGACAACCACAUACAACGCCAGCUUCAUCAAGACCUACAAUAUGGCGUACGGCGGCGCGACCGUUGACUCUGCUCUCGUAGCCCCUUACACGCCUACUGUCCUCUCCGUCCUCAACCAAACCCAGGAUCUCUUUCUCCCAACCUACGGCGCAGAUCCCACCUCCGCCGCACACCCAUGGACAGCCCAGGAUUCGCUUUUCGCCUUCUUCAUCGGCGUCAACGACGUCGGAAACUCGUGGUGGCUCGAGAACACCGAGACCUUGUACACAAGCAUCUUCACUGUCUACGAGGGGUUGCUAGAGCAAAUCUACGAGACGGGCGCACGCAACUUUUUGUUCCUGAGCGCGCCGCCUGUUCAACUUGCUCCGCUGACUCUGGAGAACGGAGAGUACGCUAUCGAGAACGAGGGUAAAGCUAUUGAGCUUUGGAACGCGAAGCUCAAGAAUAUGACGGCUGCUUUCAAGACAAAGCAUGAGGAUGCGACGACCUUGGUGCACGAUACAUGGGGAGUGUAUAAGGACGUGAUUGAUAAUCCAGCUUCGUACGAGCAGACUGCUGGGCUCAAGAAUGUGACGGGGUAUUGCAAGGCGUAUGAGAAUGGUGCACCUACUUGGUAUACGAAAGAUCCUAGCUGCGAGUACGCUGUCAACGAAUAUCUGUGGCUUAACAGCUUGCACCCAACUUUUCCGCUUCACAACGCGACAGCUGCGUCCAUUGCCAAGUUUUUGAGUUCGUAG